AUGGGGCUGUGGAGCGUGUGGCACGGUCAGCACAGGCUCGCGUGCGGGGGCCUCGUGCGGCUGCCCGCGCGGCCCUGGCCGUGCUCGGCCACGGCGCCGCUGGCCGUCGCCGUCACCGCCUGCUUCUGCGCCGCCGAGUGGCCCCGCGCGCCGGCGGCCGCGCCCCUCGUCGUGGGGGUGGUCGGCACGGUGGCCUUGUCCCGAAGAGCAAAAGACGCCACGAAUCGAAGAAUUGGCCUGCAUCUCGAAGAACAAGCAUCUCGGGUCGUAAAGCAUGGAAGUUUCCGAUCGUCUUGGACUUACUCACGCUUGCAUGUGUCUUGGUUCUUCGCCAGGCUAAGUUUUGUUUUCGGUGCGGUCGCAGCGCGGCCAUCUACGGCCACCGAUUAG